AUAUAGCCGAUAUUUUAAACACUAUUUGUCGUAGCCACUCUCAACGCCGCCCACACUCCGAUUCUAGCUCGCUCGCUCGCUUCUCCUCAUGGCCCUUCUCCUUCUUCUCAGACCGGUCCUCUUACUCUCUCUCUUACUAUCCGCCCCAAUUCUCCAUUCCGAAGCUGCCUCGGGAUCGGUGGUAGAAGAAGAAGACUUCUCGGAGGAGUUGCUUCUGAGGCCAUUGCCGGAUCGAAAGGUGCUGGCCCACUUUCACUUCCGGAGCAGGGCCCCACAUAUUAGCUCCAAUGGUCGCCACCACCAUCUCUUCCCCAAAGCCAUAUCUCAGCUGGUUAAGAAGUUUCAUGUUAAGGAAAUGGAAUUAUCCUUCACACAAGGCCGAUGGAAUUAUGAUCGCUGGGGUGGGUUUGAUCCCGUAGCAAGUGACAAUGCCAAGCCUCCUGGAGUUGAGUUGUGGGCUGUUUUUAAUGUCUCUCAUGACCAGGUGGAUGAUUCUUGGAAGAAUUUAACUCAUGCUCUCUCAGGUCUCUUUUGUGCAUCAAUCAACUUCCUGGAAUCGUCUACAACAUAUUCUGCCCCUGAAUGGGGAUAUCGCCCAGCGGCAGGCAGUCUGAGGUAUGGUACAUUGCCUCGUGAGGCUGUUUGUACUGAGAACCUAACUCCCUGGCUCAAGCUCCUUCCUUGUAGAGAUAAAGCUGGGCUUUCUGCGUUAAUGGAUAGACCGUCUAUCUACAAGGGAUUUUAUCAUUCACAGCGGUUGUGGUUGGCCUCAAGUGAAAUCGAAUCAGAGGGGGUAGUUUCAGGAAUUUUUCUUCAGCAAACACUCACAGUUGUUGUAGAACCCAAUAGUCAGAGAACUGCUAUGACUUAUUCCCAUGAAACAAAAUUGCAACCAAGCUGGUCCUUGACUUCAAUUUUUGGGAGGAAGGUCAUUGGAAGAUGUGUGCUUGCUAAAUCUUCCACCGUAUACGUUCAGCUUGAUAGGGGACUAGUUGCUCAACUGGAUUAUUUGCAGAAAGAAAAUGAGAUAACUAGUCCUGAUGAAUCUGUCUUUGAGUUGUCUGUCGAGCCAGACAAUGUCUUAAAAGAAUUGAAUGGCUUUGAAAAGAAGAGUCCAUCUGUUUUAUAUGAAUUUUCUAUCGAGAAUUACACUGAAUCUAGGCCAUUUGAUUUAGGCCUAACUUGGAAGCGUCCUGUAGUUUGGUCAUGUCAGAAAGCACCAUUACACGCUAGUAGGUUCUUGAUGGGAAGUGGGAAUGAAAGGGGUGCUAUCGCAAUAUCCUUGAGAUCUACGGGAGUGAGUGAUUGGUUGUUGGGUACUGAUACGAGUGAAGGCAGCUGCAAAUUGGAAGUCAAAGUUUUCCAGGUUGUGCCGUGGUAUAUUAAGGUUUAUUAUCAUACACUGCAAGUGUUUGUUGAUGAAGAGCUUCAAGCAGUUUCAGACGUCGUUGAAAAGAUGCGCGUUUCACCUUCUGUAGACAAGGUGUCACCUGGGUUGAUGGAGAUGGUCCUGAAAUUCCCUUGUGGAAUGAAAUCAGCUGCUAUAACCUUGGAUUUUGAUAAGGGCUUUUUGCAUAUUGAUGAAUAUCCGCCAGAUGCCAAUCAAGGAUUUGAUAUUCCAUCAGCCAUAAUAAGCUUUCCCAACUUCCACACAAGCAUGCAAUUUUUUAAAGAUGAAUCUGUGGAUAAGUCCUCCAUCUUAUCCAGAUUCCAGGAAAAGAGCACUGUUCUGGCAUACACAGAAGUAUUGCUUGUACCCCUGACAACACCCGAUUUUAGCAUGCCUUACAAUGUUAUCACAAUUACGUGCACUGUCUGUGCUUUGUAUUUUGGUGCUUUGCUCAAUGUGCUUCGAAGGCGUGUUGGCGAGGAGGAAAGACUUGCGAAGGGCAAAGAUGCCAAUAAACCUGGUCGGCUCCUUCAGCUGCGAUCUAGGUUGUUUGCCAAGCUUAGAGGAAAACAGUACGAGCCACCUCAGCCAUCCACCACUUCAUCGUCCUUCAUCAGUCGGAAACUGAUACUUUUUACCCUUGUGGCUGGGAUUGGUGUCUAUUGGCAAGUUUAUGUUGAAUGAUGAUGAUGUCCACUUGUUCUUCAUUACAAUUAUAUUUCAAAUAUUUUUGUAUUUUUAGGAUUUAGGGUUUAGGGAAGAGCUCGAAUUGAGAUUGAAAAUUUGACAAUUUGCAAGAAAUUGAGUUAUAAUUUGGAAACAA